UCGAAUCCUCAAAAUGCGAAACAGCAUUGCAGACCUUCAAAAUCAAAGCAUCAAUCUCAAUCUUCACUCUUUAUUGAUAAAUUUUUAUUUUUUAGCAUUGUCAAUCUCAAUCUUACAUUUUUGUCCUUCUAAAUCAAAAUCAAAUCAAACAAUUAUGGCUGCUGGGUUUUCAAGAUCGUCUUCAUCUUCAUCUCUGAUUCUACUCUUCUCUCUUCUUUUCACCAUAUCAGAAGCUAAAGAAAUAUUAGUUGGAGGCAAUUCCGAUUCAUGGUCAAUUCCAACUUCCAAUGAAACCCAACUCAAUCAAUGGGCUGGUAAAAACCGUUUCCGCAUAGGAGACACUCUUGUGUGGAACUAUGAUGGUGAGAAGGAUUCAGUGUUGGAAGUGAGUAAGGAGGAUUACGAGGCUUGUAAUACUGGAAGAGUCAUUAAAGAGCACAAAGAUGGGAACACUAAGGUGAGUUUGGACAGAGCAGGGCCAUUCUACUUCAUUAGCGGGGCCAAAGGACAUUGUCAGAAGGGACAGAAGCUGAUCGUGGUUGUGCUGUCACCAAGGCGAAGCAGAUUCUUUGGUAUUUCUCCGGCUCCUUCUCCGGCUGAUAUCGAUGGUCCGGCAGUUGCUCCGACCAGCGCCGCCACUUCCAGCUUCAGAAGAAGUGGUCUUUUUGUUGUGGCAUUUGGAGUGUUAGCCUUUUCUUUAUUGUUUUGAGCUAGCUAGUAUUAAUAAUGUUAGUUUUUGUUUCAAUCAUUUUAUUAUUAUUUAUUUGAUUCAUUGCAUGCUAUCUUUGGCAUCUAAAAUUCUGUAAUCCAAUUAAUUAAUAUUGUUAAAAGAUUACAUGUUAUUAUUCA